CUCUGGAUAACACUGCGUUUCUGUAUCGUAUCGACUAUUGUGUAAGGAUUUAAACGGACGCGAAUCAUCCUCUGCGGGCUGUUUGGUCGGUAAAGGAAGCUAAAAUGUCGAUUGAAAAACAAAGCGUGUCUGAGGAAAACCUUCAGGGUUCCUGGGUGGAGCUGCAUUUUAAUAAUGGCGGCAGCACUCCUAAAGGAGCUUCGGAGGAGCAGUCUGCCAGCACCGCCCCAAGCGGAGACCUGGAGAAGAUGCUGCUGGAUGCUCAGCACGAGUCGGGCAGGAGCAGCUCAAGAGGAAGCCUCCCAUGUGACAGUCCUCCAAGAUCCCAGACUCCUUCGCACCUGCGUAGGGGCUCCGAGGUCCACAGCUCUGGGGAAAAGAACAGCUCGCAGUCAGAGGAAGACUAUUUGGAGAGGAGAAAAGAGGUGGAAAUCCUGAUGAAGAAAAAUGCAGACUGGAUCUGGGACUGGUCAAGUCGACCGGAAAACCUGCCGCCCAAGGAGUUUCUGCUGAGGCACCCGAAGCGUUCCAGCACCCUCAGCAUGAGGAACACUAGUGUGAUGAAGAAGGGAGGAAUCUUCUCCGCUGAAUUCCUCAAAGUUUUCCUGCCCUCUCUUGUCCUUUCGCACAUCCUCGCUGUGGGGCUCGGGGUAUACAUCGGAAGGCGUAUCACUACUUCUGGCACCUUUUGAAGGAGCGGGAAAAGCCACGAACAAGACAAAUCUCAUAUACGCACAUCCACCAUCUCAGCUGCUUUGUCGUGAAUCAGUGCUCGUGUAGAUGCAGAUAGGACGAGGUCACGUGACACAUUUCCUCUCGCCGGCUGUGGGCCGCUCUGCCUCGCUUCCCCCUUGUGUAUUCCACUGGCCUUUCCCAUAGUUCCUCCCCAUAAUGCCAGUCCAUUCCAGGGCCGUUAGCACAGGGAAGGCCAUGCUAGACUAAUGGGUGCACGCCUGAUAGAAUUAGAUGUAAUGCAUCCUCAUAAUUUUGUAUUUACUUGUACCAAGACUACUAAGAAUAUAAUGGGAGGAUUAUAAAAUAAGAAAUGAGAGAGGGGAAAUAAAAAUGCUGGAUCUGGAGAUGACGUGAAACUUCAGACUGUGAAUUGGGAAGAGAUUUAACCAUCUACCCAUAUUAAAACAGGGAUUGUAAUUAUAUCUUAUGAUACAUUUCAGCAUUUGAUGAUAUAUAUGACUUGUUUUACCUCGUCAAAGCACCACUUCUCUGUAUCCUGAGGUUGUUUCUGUAUUUAUGAUGUUGCAGACACCAAAAACGAACCUUUGCUUUGGGAAUCAAGCUGUUCAUAGUAUUAUACAACUGCAGUGGUCUUUAAAUACUAGCCAAAAAGUAAAUAUCAUAUCAACACUUUUUUGAAUGUCAAUUGAAAUUACCAAUAAAUGCACAAUAUAUUUCAAGCCUAACUUGAGAAAUUGUUGAAUUAAGUUUGCCUUAGUGCUCACCUGAACUGCAAUCACAGAUGUUCUUCGUUUAUCUGAAGGGUCUGGGUUCCAGCCCAGAGAUUGCCUUAAAUAAAACUGUUAAUGAAUCAGGCAGGAGUAUAAGGGAAAUUGUGUAAAUUUGUGCAUGUUUUGUAGUUGUAUUCAGUGUAUGUAUCAAUUUCAUAGUGGUUUUGUAUCAACAGAGGGAAUCAACAGAAAUAAAUGUAUGCCAACUAUAA